AUGCGGAUCCAUUACCUCCUGUUUGCCCUGCUCUUCCUCUUCUUGGUGCCUGUUCCAGGCAAUGGAGGAAUCAUAAGUGCGGCACAAAAAUAUUACUGCAAGUUAAGAAGGGGCCGAUGUGCUGUGCUCGGCUGCCUGCCCAAGGAGGAGCAGAUCGGCCGCUGUUCUCUGAGUGGCCGAAAGUGCUGCCGAAGAAAGAAAUAA